CAAUGAAUGAACCAAUUAACUGCACCCGUAUUGCUUGCGCAUCUCGAGCAACUGAAGUUGGAGCUAGCGCCCCUGCCAUAGUCAUAGCGCCGACCGUUUUUUAGGCAAUAGCAAUACAACAACAUCGGUAUAUAGUUAAUCGCGUAUAGGUGGCACUACAACAUACGAACACGUGCUGCUGCUCCUUUGCUCCGUCAACAUGGACCUAACAGACCCCGAUCAAGUGGCACAGCUCUACGUCAUGCAAUGGAUGCAUGAAAACGGCAUGCACGAUGCCCUGCGGGCGCUCGAGAAGCACGUGGGUCGGCUGUACGACGACGGCCAGCUGCCCGAGGCCUCCCAACUCAUGCAGCUGGUAUGGCGACAUGUGGAGCAGCAACUACAAGAGGAGGCGGAGGAAGAACACCAGCAGGAGGGCGGCACCACCGGCAUCACCGCCACCACCACCGGCACCGGCACCGGCACCAACAGCGGCACCGGCAGCAGCAGCAGCUCCCAGCGGCGGCGGCAGCACCAGGAGGAGGCGUUGCGGCUGCUGCGGGCCGGUGCGGGGGACUACGCGGGCGAGGUGGUGGUGGCGGAUGUGCCGCCGGAGGUGCAUGGGGGAGCCAACGUCAUCGCUGUACGGCUGGUGCCGGGGAGGGAGGAGGUUAUCACGGCGGCAGGGGAUGGCUGGGUGCGCUGUGUGCGCUUCCACCGCAGCACUGCAUCGACCCAUGGGUCGGCGGCGGCAGGGGUGGCGCCUGCUACUGCUGCUGCAACAGCUGCCUCUGCUGCUGCUGCUGAGGCGGCGGAGGUUGUGUGGGCCACCCGGGUUAGCAACGCGGCGCUGCUGUCACUGGCACUGCACCCGCUGUACGGCUGCGGGUUCCCCCUGGUUGCGGUUGGCGGCAUGGACGGGCGGGUGACGGUGUUGUACGGCCCCACGGGCGCCACUCUGGCUGCCGUACAGCCGCACAGCAAGUACGUGGUGAGGGUGGCGUGGGGGGCGCCACCGCCCCCUCCGCCGGUUCCGCAGCAGCAGCAGCAGCAGCCACUGCUGCUGCUGGCAACUGCAUCUACCGAUGAAACAGUUGCCGUACUCCGGCUAGAUCUGGAUCCGGCGGUAGUGGCGGCAGCAACAGCAGAAGGGGAGCAGGGAGGAGCAGCUAGGGGUAACACUGGCGGCAGGAGUAGCGGGAGCAGCGGUGGAGGAGGUCAAGGAGAGAUGGUAUUGGACCUAUCAGGGCUGCGGGAGGACGAGGUGGCUGGGUUAAAGGGGCGACUAAACACCGUGAAACAGAUUCCGUACGGUACGGCGGUUGCUGACGUGGCGUUCUUACGUGAUGGUCGUACGCUGGUGGUUGGGGUGCGCGGCAGCAAUUACCUUCGUCUGCUGGACUGCCGGCAGCUGCUGGCCGCUCCCUCUGCCCCCCUCAGCGAGACCCUGGUUAACAUGAACGAGGCGGGCGACGACCACGUGUCCUUCAGCGCCAGGCAGCUGCUGCCCUCACACUGCGGAGCGUACCUGCUGGUGUGCACCGACUCGCCCCGCCUGCUGGUGCUGCGCACCUCCGAUUGGAGCCUGCAGCGGGUGCUGUUCGGGUUGCCGGCGGAGCAGUUCCCGCAGCCGACAGCCGCCUGGCACCGAGACAGCAACUACAUAUACGCCAGCGGGGGCGGGCCGCAGCUGUGUGUUUUCCACUUGGGCAGUGGGCGGCUGCUAGCCAGCUGGCGCCACCACAAGGUGAACCUGCGGGACCUGCACUACGACCCGCAACGCAACCUGCUAGCCUCCUGCAGCUUCGACAAGACCGUCAAGUUGAUGGGAG